GUAAACGUCUUCCAUUAGCGCAUUUGAAAGUUCCGUUGUGAUCGCUUGUCUGGUUUUUUUUGCGUACAUUAUUAGUGUUUACAAGUUGGUUAUCUAAGCAGAAUGGGGUCGGGAUUAAGUAAAAAUGUCAAACGGGGCUCUGAAAAGUGGAUGCCGCCUACACUGGACACAGUAGCGCUGGAUUCAGAGAUGGAAGUCGAUUUGGAGGAUGUAAAUAAUGAAGAUCAUCUCGAGCCGCGAUCACCCCAUAUCUGCAGGACGCCGAUACAUGAAAUAGUUAAAACCAAAUUUCCGAUGACGAAAAAUCAGAACUUGACGGAAGUUUGGGACCUCAGCGAAAAAGAAUGCCCGACUAGUGACUGCGUCAGAGAAAAGUUCCUGAAACGAUUUCAACCAAACCUUCUAGACCCGCGGUCACCAAGUCAUUUCAUAAAUCGCACACCGCUUGUAUUCGACGAAGAAACCAACAUGCCGAUAUAUGUGGACGUCGACAACGGAGAAGUCAUCAACAAAGCAUCAGACUCGCUGAUCGGCGUGUACGAGAAACCCUUUGCCAACGAGGACCUCACACCAGAAACUCCUAAAGCUACAGAAGAUGCAAAGAAAUGUGACCCUCGCUCGCCAUCGGUAGGCGUGGAAAGAACUCCUCUCGUUUUCAUUGACGACGUCUCUGAGAACGAAAUCCUGGAGACUGUAAAGGAUAAGGUGCACAAAAUUGAGCUGCAAAACAAACCUCUGGAACGUAUUAAGAAUCCAAGAAGACAAGCUCAACGUACGCCACGCAAUCGUGGGAUCUAUGAAGAUAAAUGCGAUCAACCGGUGAACUCGACUCCGAAGCGGGGUAUUGACGGCAAUACCCCGAAACGGACGCCUCUCAGUUGCGUUGCGAACAAAUCACAUUUGCGCUCGAAGUCAGUAGAAAAUUCAGCCAAGUCGGCAGUUGGUAAGGUUCAGGUGUCCAGCUACGACGACUACAAUUUGAAAGGGCGGCAUAAUUCUUGCGUGAGCGGGGAGAGCCCACGAUUUGGGAACGUGCGACGACUGAAUGUUUAGGUAAUUUAGUUUUAAGGGUAAUUGUGUGCGAGGAUGUUUUGAAAUUUAGAAAUAGCGAUUUUCUACUUGGAGGGAAAUACAAUAAACUUUUAUUUUUCAAUCUGGAA